AUGGCCACUCAGAUUGUUCCUUACAACACUGCCAUGCAGCUUGGCUCUGGCUUUAACUCAUUUACUCAGACUCCAUGUGUUGAUCAUGCAGUUAUCCGUGACGUGGACAUAGCAGCUAAGCUUGAGAAGGAGGGUGAAGAACCCACACAAGUGGCACAGUCCGUCACUUACAAAACAUGUGUCAUCGAGAAAACCACCGAUGUCACUGACGAGAUGAAAAUCAAUGGCGCGUUCAACAUCAAAUAUGAUCAAUUGACGGUCGAUGGUAGUGGAAACUUUGUCAACACCAACAAGAUCAAAGACAGCGACGUCAGCAUCAUGGUUUCCGUCAAGGUGGUCAAUCAAACCAUCUAUGACUAUUCACUCACCAAGUUUCAGCCUGUUCCUAAUAUGAAGGAGGCAUCGCCGCAGCGCCUAAUUGAAAUCUAUGGAGAUUCCUUCAUCUCAGGCUGGCAGGAGGGUGGCGAGUUCUUGGCUGUAAUUAGUAUCAAAGCCAAGAACCGAGACGAAGCCCAGACUAUUGCUGCUGACGCUCGAGUUGCUUUCUCUCAAAACAAGAACCCACCCCCUGGGUCUACUACCAAGGAGCUAUCGCUGGAUAUUAGCGCCAAGUUUGACAACAUCAAGAAGCAUCUAGCAGAUGAGAACGAGGUCUCAGUCUCCGUGACAUGGACCGGUGGCGGCCAACAGCUUAAAGAAGCCACCAAGGACUGGGACUUUGACACCAUGAAGGCCGUCGCCUUAAAGUUCCCCGAUCUAUGCGCCAAGACGCCUAUGCGCACCCGCGCAUUGCUCACCAAGUACACGGCCCUCCGGAGCUUUUACACAAGCCAGACUUUCGACCUGCCUGUUUACGACAAGACGGGAACAUAUACCAAUGUUCUCCAGGAGGCCUAUCUCGACUACAAGUCAAUUCUUGCCUCAAUUCAAGUUCUUGCUUAUGACGUCUCUGAGGGAACGAAGGCCCUUGUUAUAAAUCCAAGGGGUAACAAAGCCGUAGCCGAACAUGCCAAAGCAAUCACUGAGAAGGCCGCAGAAACGGAGGAUGAAGCGCCCGCCCCAGAGCCUGCCGUUGAGGCUGAGUCGGUUGAAGGUAGUGUGGCUGAAGUUAUUAGACCUUCCAGCCUUCCACAGAAGGUGGUCACUCUCCCACCACCUUCAAUCGACGAGCCGUUUGCCCCUACUGUUGUAGGCCUGGAGGAGGCGCGCCUCAAGUGCCGUUUCAUGAUGAACCGCAUCAUUCAGGAGAUCGACAACAUCACCAUCAAACCCGAAAUCGCCACUGAUGAAGCUAGGCAGACCCCGUAUCUUAGUCCCUUCCUCUUCAAGAUGCUUCUACCACUUGGUGUGCCUCUGCCGUCUGAAUCAAGCCCGGCCCUUCAGGCUGUUGCAGCAUCAAAGGUUGACCCUGAUGCACUCUCAAAGAAGUUUAUGGGGGUUGCUGGAUGA